UUAGUUUUCUCGUCGCCAUUUCUGGGACGAGUGUGAUAGUUGAUUUUUUACUUCAAAAUCGUCGACAUCGACGACAGGGAGAUUUGACUCCCCAAAAACUGUAACGUUCUUAAGUUUCCUUACUAAAUUUAUUUAUUGAAAUUAAUUAUUAAAUAGUACCUUGUAUUGGUAUUUUUUUUAUUGUAAUAUUAUAAACAUGGCUAACUAAAAUGUAUGUUUUGAAAGUGAAUAUUAUAACUCCGUACGGGGGAGCAAACUCCAACAAAACACUAGAAACAACACCAAAAGUCCAUUAUGGACAAAAAACAAUCAUCAAAUCGUUCAAAUCAAGCUCAAUCAAAGGGGUUUGGUUCUGAGGGUAAAAAAGGUCAAGAUGUUGCAAAUAAACCGUGGCCUCGGAGCGGUGGAAGACGCCGUGAACCAGCUGGCAGUUCACUUUCUAUUAAAAAUGAGCCAAAUCGAAAACCUACUCCACAACGUAAUAAAAUUGUCUUGGAUAAACGACCCAAACCACGCGGCACGUAUUACUCUGGAUGUAAUUUGGGUGGAAAGGAGGAUGCCGGGGUAGCAUUAGAUAACGCAGAAAUUGGUUCUAUAUUUCUGCCAGGCAGUAAGAAACAAAGUUUAAACCAUUUGUUAAAUUUUCACUACACUCCAAGACAGGCAGCUAAUGAUGGAACAUCGACUGCAUACAGAACAUCAAAUUUCAAUAAUCGAAUGCAGUAUGGAUUAAAGCAUAAAUACAAUAAAGAAGAGUUUUUACAAGCUACCUGUCAAUUCGUGGUGAAUGUUAAUGGUAAUUACGAAAUUUAUAUGAAAGAUCCGGAUGCUCUUGUCAAUUGGGAACUUAUUGAGCAAAUUAAUGUACAAGGAUCAGAAUUUCCAUGCUGUCCAAUAUGUCUUUAUACACCAGUUGCUGCUAAAAUGACACGUUGUGGACAUAUUUAUUGUUGGUCAUGUAUUUUACAUUACUUGGCACUGUCUGAUAAAACUUGGCGAAAGUGUCCAAUUUGUUUUGAAGCAAUACACAAACAAGAUUUAAAAAGUGUUGUCGCAAAACCUUACAACAAUGUAAUUGUCAUUGGAAAUAAAAUAGAAAUGACUCUUAUGAAACGUGAACGUGGUUCGUUAAUUGCUGUUCCAAUGAUAGAAGUUCAACAUCAUCGCUCUAAUAAUAUACUAAACGUUUCUGAAAAAAAUGUCACUACUGCAUUUUCAAAAUUAUUACUCGCUAAAGAAAAUGAUAUUCUACAAAUAGUUGAUCGUGAGAAAACUGAAUUAUCAAUACAAUUAUCGUUAGAUGAAAAUUGUCCUGAAAAAUGUUUCGUUGAACAAGCUUUGGACUUACUAUCUGUUAGAGAAAAAAGUGUAUUAGAAAAAUAUUGUCAAGCAGAAUUUGAUAAGAAGGCAUUCAAUAAAAACAAUGAAAAGGAAAAUACGAAAUCUGAUGACAAUAAGGAUAAUGGAGGAACUGUUCAAAAAGAUUUUUAUUUUUAUCAAGCUAGUGACGGUCAGCACAUUUAUUUACAUUCUUUAAAUAUACGAAUGCUUGAACAUCUAUAUGGAAGUUUAGAAAGUUGUCCACCAAAAAUUGAAGGAGUUAUUGUUGAGAAGGAAAAUGGUUCUAUAACUGAAGAGUUACGAAAGAGAAUGCGGUAUUUGCAACAUUUACCAGUAACAUGCCAAUUUGAAAUUGCCGAAUUAGAAUUAGGAGCACCCUAUGUGACAUUAGAAGUUCUCGAACAUUUUAAAGAUCAAAUUGACAUGCGUCGUAAACGCCGGCAAAAACGUGCAAGAGAUGAAAGAAGACAUGAAAAACGAAUUAUUGAAAAAGAAAACCGUUUAAUGGGAAUUUAUCCAACGCCAGAAAUACAAAUUCAAUCUUAUCAUCAAUUUCCAAUUGUUGGCUCAUUUGAGGAUGGUGGAAGUCCACCUUUAUCUUCAACAAGUUUUACUACUGAGAGUACUUUAUCAUUGAAUGAUUAUGUUAAUGCAUCGCCAUCAUCAUCAGAUGGACUUACUGAAAAUGUAUCAAAUUUACAUUUAAAUGAUAACUCAAAUAAUAUUUCUGGCCCUUCUUUUGCUAACAUGCUGUCCAAAACAAAAGUGCAAAAUACAUUUUGGCCUACAUUAAAGAGUCCAACAGCGCCAAAACAUGUUGAGACAGCAUCACCACCUAAAUUAAUAUCGGUAACUGGUAAAAAUUGUCGUGUUGGAUUUGACAUCAAACAUCAACAAUUUGGUGGUAAUGAUAGUGAUUCAGCAGAACAAAAUGAUGAUUAUGUACCAGCGCCACAAUACAAGCAAAGUUUCAGUGAUGCAAUUGCAUUAGCUCUGGAGCAAUCAGCAAAUCAAAUAUGUAAUGAUGAAAAACCAAUUACUAACAAUAAUACUUCUGCUGAGAAACAAAAGAAGAAGCAAAAAAGAAAAGGAAAAAUAUUAUUUGCAACUGGGUUGGCUUGCCGAAAGUAAAAAUUCAAUGGGAAUGGAUUCAUAUUAAUAUAUUAUUAAUUCAUAAUUCUUU